AUGAGGUCAUUGUAUCUGUUUCUUUAGGUAGAGAUAUUUUUGCUUUCUCCCCCUAAUAAAAUAUCCACUUGCUCUCUUUCUCUCUCUAGAUCUCUCUCUCUCUCUCUCUCCUUUUUGGGAGUCUCCAAGACAGACACAACAAUGGCAGGAAUGAUAUGCAGUAAAGAUUUUGCCAUAUUCGCGGCGAUGGUUUCGACGGAGAUCUCAAACGUAGGAUUGAACGUUCUGUUCAAAGCCGCGACUUCGAAGGGCAUGAGCUCUUCUGUGUUCCUCGUCUAUUCUUUCGCCAUUGGAGCUCUUCUUCUUCUACCUUUCACCUUCUUCUCCUGCAGGUCAAGAUUGCUUCCUCCCCUAAGUUUCUCAAUACUUAGCAAAAUAGGAGUUCUUGGGCUACUAGGAUGUUUGUAUAAUACGUUAGGGUACAAGGGCGUCAGACUCAGCUCCCCGACUCUUGCUUCUGCGAUGAGCAAUCUCACCCCCGCUUUCACCUUCAUCCUCGCCGUCAUUUUCCGGAUGGAGAAGGUGGCAAUAAAGAAAGGGAGUAGCAUGGCCAAAGUGGCAGGGACACUGGUGUGUAUAAGUGGUGCGCUAGUGGCCACUCUGUAUCAUGGUCCACCCGUUUUCGUCGCAUCUCAGCCGUCGGAUCAUCUCCGGCGGACUCAGCCGCUGCCACGGUCCUCGAACUCCGAUUGGGUCAUGGGUGGAGGCCUAUCAGCCCUCAGCUACACCCUCGUUUCCGUCGCAUACAUAGUUCAGGCACAAGUACUGAGAGAGUAUCCGUCGGAAUCCAUCGUGACGCAAUUUUACGCGGCAUUUGCGUCCAUGUUCAGUGCAUGGAUCAGCUGCUUCACUGAGAAGAACAACCCGAGCGCUUGGAUCAUACAGUCCAAGUUAUCGUUGGCCUGCAUCGUUGCGGCGGGGAUACUGAAUCCGGGGAACUUUCUGAUACAUUCGUGGGUGGUGCGUUGCAAAGGUCCGGUGUUCGUAGCAAUGUUCAGGCCGCUGUCUAUUUUGAUCGCAGUCGUGAUGGGUGCGAUAUUCCUCGGCGAUUCUCUCUAUCUCGGAAGUUUGGUGGGAGGAGCCCUAAUAUCGGCUGGGUUUUAUACGGUGAUGUGGGGAAAGGCCAAAGAAGACAAGGCUGAAGCCGAACCUAACAGCCCCGAGAAAGCCUCCAUCUUGGCAGAUUAUCACAAAGAACAAAUCUAACGCUGAACUCAGAAAGAAAAAAAAAACAAAGCCCUCCUCAAAUGUGUAUUCAAACUACAUUUUCGUGCCAAUCAAUUUUUUGUACGGAAUGUUAGAAGUUCUGUACAAGGAGGAAAGAUUGAACAAGAAAGAAUUCGAUGUUUGUUUGUA